UUCCACGACAAGAUCGAGCUCAUGCUGGAGACGCUGGAGAGCCUCUCGUCCCGCCUGUGCGUGCCGCCCCUCAUCCCCGCCGAGGUCGAGAAGAUCCGGGAGUGCAUCGGCGAGAACAAGAACGCCAUGGUGGAGCUGGAGAAGCUGCAGCCUUCCUUCGAGGCUCUGAAACGCCGCGGGGAGGAGCUGAUCGGGCGGUCGCAGGGAACGGACAAGGACCUGGCAGCGAAAGUAAUCCAGGAUAAGUUGGAUCAGAUGGUCUUCUUCUGGGAAAACAUCAAAGCUCGGGUGGAGGAACGUGAAAUGAAAUUCCUGGAUGUCCUGGAGCUCGCAGAGAAGUUCUGGUACGACAUGGGAGCGCUGCUGACCACCAUCAAAGACACGCAGGACAUCAUCCGCGACCUGGAGAGCCCGGGCAUCGACCUCUCCAUCAUCAAGCAGCAGGUGGAGGCGGCAGAGACCAUUAAAGAGGAGAUAGAUGGCUUGCACGAGGAGCUGGAGUUCAUCCGGCUCCUUGGGACCGAUUUAAUUUUUGCCUGUGGCGAAACUGAGAAGCCAGAAGUGAAGAAGAGCAUUGAUGCGAUGAACAACAUGUGGGAAAGUCUGAACAAAACCUGGAACGAGAGGCUGGAGAAGCUGGAAGAAGCCAUGCAGUUGGCUAUGCAAUACCAAGAUACGCUCCAGGCCAUGUUCGACUGGCUGGACAACGCCGUGAUCAAGCUCUGCAACAUGUCUCCCGUCGGCACCGACCUCAACACGGUGAAGGAGCAAAUGAACGAGAUGAAGGAGUUUAAAAUGGAGGUUUACCAGCAGCAGAUUGAGAUGGAAAAGCUUAAUCACCAAGGUGAACUGGUGCUAAAAAAAGCUACGGAUGAGACAGACAGAGACAUCAUAAAGGAACCGCUGACGGAGCUGAAACAUCUCUGGGAGAAUUUGGGCGAGAAAAUUGCUCACAGACAGCAUAAGUUAGAAGCCGCUCUCCUGGCGCUCGGCCAGUUCCAGCACGCCUUGGCGGAGCUGAUGGCCUGGCUGACCCACACCGAGGAGCUGCUCGACGCCCAAAAACCCAUCAACGGAGACCCAAAAGUCAUCGAGGUUGAACUCGCCAAGCACCACGUGCUGAAGAACGACGUCCUGGCCCACCAAGCCACCGUGGAGACGGUGAACAAAGCCGGCAACGAGCUGCUGGAGUCGAGCGCCGGGGAUGAUGCCAGCAGCCUGCGGAACUGCCUGGAGAUGCUGAACUCGUGCUGGGAGUUGGUGCUGCAGAAGACGGAGGAGCGGGAGCAGCAGCUGCAGUCCACGCUCCAGCAGGCCCAGGGUUUCCAUGGUGAGAUUGAAGAUUUCCUCCUGUGGCUGACGAGGAUGGAGAGCCAAUUGUUGGCGUCAAAGCCCACAGGAGGUCUGCCAGAAACUGCCCGGGAACAACUCAAUGGCCACAUGGAGCUCUACAGGCAGCUCCAAGCCAAGGACGAUGUCUACAGCCAGCUCCGGGCCAAAGGGCGGCUGGCGAAGCUGGAGGAGGCACUAGCCCUGGCCACCGACUUCCAGAACUCCCUCCAGGACUUCAUCAACUGGCUGACGCUGGCCGAGCAGAGCCUGAACGUCGCUCCCCCCGCCAGCCUCAUCCUUGCCGCCGUGCUGGCCCAGAUCGAUGAGCACAAGGUGUUCGCCAACGAGGUGAACGCUCAUCGGGAUCGGAUCAUCGAGCUGGAUCAAACUGGGAACCAGCUGAAGUUCCUUAGUCAAAAACAGGAUGUGGUGUUGAUCAAGAACCUGCUGGUGAGCGUCCAGUCGCGCUGGGAGAAGGUUGUCCAGCGCUCGGUGGAGCGGGGACGGGCUCUGGAUGACGCCAGGAAGCGAGCCAAGCAGUUCCACGAAGCUUGGAAGAAACUGAUUGAUUGGCUGGAGGAUGCAGAGAAUCACCUGGACUCGGAGCUGGAGAUUUCCAACGAUCCCGACAAAAUCAAGCUCCAGCUCUCCAAGCACAAGGAGUUCCAGAAGACACUGGGAGGGAAGCAGCCCGUCUACGACACCACCAUCAGAACAGGCAGAGCCCUCAAAGAAAAAGCCUUGUUUCCAGAUGACACUCAAAAGCUGGACAAUUUACUGGGAGAAAUCCGGGAUAAGUGGGACACGGUGUGCGGCAAAUCUGUGGAAAGGCAGCACAAGCUGGAAGAAGCCCUCUUGUUCUCCGGCCAGUUCAUGGACGCGCUGCAGGCGCUGGUGGACUGGCUCUACAAGGUGGAACCCCAGUUGGCUGAAGACCAGCCUGUCCAUGGUGACCUGGACCUGGUCAUGAACCUGAUGGAUGCUCACAAGGUCUUCCAGAAGGAGCUGGGGAAGCGCACGGGGACGGUCCAGGUGCUAAAGCGCUCCGGCCGGGAGCUGAUCGAGAACAGCCGGGACGACACAACCUGGGUGAAGGUGCAGCUGCAGGAGCUGAGCAACCGGUGGGACACGGUGUGCAAGCUGUCCGUGUCCAAGCAAACCCGCCUGGAGCAGGCCCUGAAGCAGGCAGAGGAGUUCCGCGCGGCCGUGCACAUGCUGCUGGAGUGGCUCUCGGAGGCAGAGCAGUCCCUGCGCUUUCGGGGAGCGCUUCCCGACGACGCCGAGGCGCUGCAGUCCCUCAUCGAUGCCCACAAGGAGUUCAUGAAGAAAGUGGAGGAGAAGAGAGCGGACGUGAAUGUGGCGGUGGGCAUGGGGGAGGUCAUCCUGGCCGCCUGCCAUCCCGACUGCAUCACCACCAUCAAGCACUGGAUCACCAUCAUCCGAGCCCGGUUCGAGGAGGUUCUCACGUGGGCGAAGCAGCACCAGCAGAGACUGGAGUCUGCGCUUUCCGAGCUGGUGGCGAACGCAGAGCUGCUGGAAGAGCUCCUGGCUUGGAUCCAGGGGGCUGAGACAACCCUCAUCCAGCAGGACCAGGAGCCCAUGCCGCAAAAUAUCGAUCAGGUCAAAGUCCUCAUCUCCGAACACCAGUCCUUUAUGGAGGAGAUGACACAGAAGCAGCCAGACGUGGACCGGGUCACAAAGACGUACAAGAGGAAAGCCACGGAGCCCCCCCACAGGCCCUUCAUCGAGAAGUCCCACAGCAACCGAAAAUCCUUGAGUCAGGCCACCACCCCCAGCAUGCCCAUUAUCUCCCAGUCGGAAACGAAGAACCCCCGGAUUAACCAGCUCUCGGGGCGCUGGCAGCAGGUCUGGCUGCUGGCGCUGGAGCGGCAGCGGAAGCUGAACGACGCCCUGGACAGGCUGGAGGAGUUGAAGGAAUUUGCAAAUUUUGACUUCGACGUGUGGCGGAAGAAAUACAUGCGCUGGAUGAACCACAAGAAAUCCCGCGUCAUGGACUUCUUCCGACGCAUCGACAAAGACCAAGAUGGGAAGAUCACCCGCCAGGAGUUCAUCGAUGGCAUCCUGGCCUCCAAAUUCCCCACCACCAAGCUGGAGAUGACGGCGGUGGCCGACAUCUUUGACCGUGACGGCGACGGCUACAUCGAUUAUUACGAGUUUGUGGCCGCUCUCCAUCCCAACAAGGAUGCCUACCGCCCCACCACCGAUGCCGACAAGAUCGAGGAUGAGGUCACCCGGCAAGUGGCCCAGUGCAAGUGUGCCAAGAGGUUUCAAGUGGAGCAGAUCGGCGAGAAUAAAUACCGG